AUGAGAUCGAAAAUCCUUCAUCUGGCGGGCCUCGCGACCCUUCUUGGGCGGACUUGCGCACUAAAACUCGCUUCGUCUCUACAAGUGAUCGAAUACACACCCCAACCAUAUGCGAUCAAGAAUUUCUACAAAGGGCAAGCGUCGAUUGCCAGCGGUGGCGUGGCCAGCUUGCCAUCGGACAAGACCGUGGAUCUCGGCACCAACGCGGAAUACCAGGGACUGAUCCAGUAUGGAACACACAAGAACCUCCGCAUGAUUUACACGAUCGUAGACGUCCCGUACCGGAUCGUGGCGAACAAGGCAGCCGGCAUCAGCACGCUGGCGGACCUGAGGGGAAAGCGGAUCGGAACCACACCAGGCACCUCGGCGAAUUACUUUGUCAAGAAGCUGCUGAACUCGGCCGGUCUGAAGGAUUCGGAGUACACGGUGGUCUCGGGAAACCUGUGCAUGAAGGCGCCGUGCGGCUCGGGGACUUUCCCGGCGCAGAUCCAAGCCAAGACGAUCGACGCCUUCGGGAUAUGGGAGCCGUCGCCGGAGCUGGGCGGACAGGCACUGGGCGACAACGCCGUCUUCUUCCAGAACGCGACCGUCUUCCGCGAGAUAUAUUCUCUCUUCACCACGACCGAGAAGCUCAACGACCCUGCGUCGCGCAAGGCCAUCGUCGAGUUCAUCCGGGCCUUGGACCAGGCUAUCGACGUCUUCAAGAACGCGCCCGCGGAGGUGUACCAGUUUGUGGCCCAGUCGAUGUCCAUGGACACUGCGACGGUGCAGGCCGUUUGGCCGGUACACAAGUGGGCCGGUACGCUGGGCGCGGACAUGGACAGCAACCUGAUUGAUUACAUGGUGGAGGAGGACGUUUAUGUUGCCUCGCAGAACCGACGGCAGCCCAUGACAAGGGAUGUCAUCGCGCAGUUCGUCGACACCAGCGUUAUUACGGAUGCCCGGAAUACUUCAUACCUUACGACAUAG